GAUGCAAGAGCCAUUGGUUAUCAAUAUCCGCUUGUAAUCACUACUCCAAAUAUGGAUUGGGUACCAGAACUGCAGAAUGAUAAUUUAGAUGAACUGAAGGCUCGAGCUGAUGGACAUUUUGGAGUGGUUGAUUGCUUCCAAUGGCUGCAAAUGUUUUGUAAGGAGUUCGAGUAUGCUGUCUGCAUCCCUCGCAAGGACACCUCGCCCUUCAGCCUUCAAUCCGCAUGGUACACUCCCACUACAGCAGAUUUCGUCAUUCAACCUGGGACUGCAUUUGCUGUCGGUACCUUACACUCCUAUAUCAUCAAUGGUAUCGAUAACUUACUUACAAUUGCCCGCAAGUGGGUUGAAGCAUGGAAGGCGAACCGGGCAGGCAAGAACAACAUAGUUAGCAGCAUGCUCUUAUCCCUCAAGCACGACAUCAAUAUUCUCCGCAGACAUCCCCUAACGUACCAUGACAUCAUCGUCUUCGUUGCUCAAGCGCAACGUUCAUUCCUCGACAUAAUAGCUUUCAUGGAUUAUGUUGAGAUCAUUCAACCUCGUCUCACCACAUCAUCUUGGUCGUCUUGGUUGUCUUGGUCUACCCUUCCUGGGGACCCAAAGUGGAUGGGUUGUUUCACUGACAAUUCAAAGACAUGCGAUACCUUCCUCGACGCGGGCGUGCCUGUGUGGCUUGUUCGCGUGGAGGCAUAUAUUCCUCGCGACAUGAACAUCAUCAAACCGGUCAAACUCACGUUCCCAGACGACAUCACUAAGAGUAUAUUCUCUGAACCUGGGAAAGUUGUGCAGCCAUUCCCCCUCCUGUACCAUGGCCAUGGUGGCUUCAACCGUCACUUUCAUACCCGUCGGGCCUAUACUGGCACUUUUGGCGCGCGAAAGAUUGCUUCGUCUCAAUUGAUGAAAACGAGUACGUGUAUAACUAUUGUAAUUAAAACUAGAACCUUACCACUUCCUUUAGAAGAUUCCAAAACUAAUGACGCUCAACGUAACCGGGACAAGUGGGAGGAUCUCCGCUGUCCAGAAAACCCCAAAAGCAUCGGGUUCUGGAAUCUCGCCUUCCAGAAAGCUGACAAGGACAAAGGCCACGUCAAAGAGGGCCUCGUUGACCAAGGGUAUCGGUUCCCUGAGCCAGUGCUUCUCAUUACACCCACUUCGCCAGAGCAAAAGAAAUUAUUUGUUGCGAACUGGCUUGCUGCACGACCACUGUGGAUUAGCCGUGUCGAUCAUAACUAG